AUGGUCAAAGUUACAGACAAGAAUAGUCCAAGAAAGCAGGGCAUCCAGCGGUCAAUCUUCGACUUCACCCAGAAGCAAAUCAAAAAUGAAGAUUGCUUGAACGUGACGCGGUCCCAACAAGUCAAAGAAGAAACCGACAAGAGCGACAGCUUUAUGGUGGGGUGCGAGGAAGAACUAUACCUGGAACCUAUAAUAAAGAUGGAGCCUGAAAAUGAGAUGAAUGAAACCACAGAUGAGAGGGAGUCAAAACCUAAGGUCAAUCUUAAUACCUCGAUUUUAUUCCAACAACAAGUCAAUGAUCCCCAUCCACAAGACACUAAGCCACAUGCAUCCACCUCAAAUGAACCAACUAUCAUGUGCCCUGUUUGCGAUCUUGACAUAUCAUCAUUGGAUAUAAGAGAUAAAACCGAUCACGUAGAUACGUGUCUUGUACGCGUCACGUUUGUGGAGGAGAAACCAAUCGUCAAAACUACGCCUACGCUGCCGCUUACAAAGCAAACUCCAUCACCGAAGAAGAAUACCACGGUUGCUACAAAUGGAAAGAAAAGGAAGAUUGAAAAGGAGAAAAUACGAUACGUAAAUUCCGAAACCAACACCGAAAAGAAGCCAAAAAUCAUCAAGCCACCAACACCAAGCGCAACUUCAUCCAGGCUGCGAAGAAAUGAAAUCUCGGCAUUGAAAACCAUGACUUUCCCUGUAGAUAGGAAGGCGAAAUUAAAGUACCAAGUAUCAGUUGAUGCAUUUUGCUUUGCGCCACAUGCCAUUAUUGAUCAAUACUUUUUGACCCAUUUUCACGCUGACCACUACGGAGGCAUUUCCAAAAAGUGGGCAUACGAUCGCGUUUUCAACGAUGACAUAGAUUAUGACAAUGACGCAAAGUAUAAACGAAUUAUUUAUUGCACUGAGAUCACAGGCAAGUUGCUAACAUUGUACUUUUCCAUUGAUCCCCGAUUUAUUAAACAAAUGGCUAUGGAUACUAGAUACAAGGUGAGAGAUUACGGUCCAAAUGAUGUCCCCGAUGGUGGUGUUGAAAGUGAUGGCAAUUCGCCUGGAUUGUAUGUUACACCGAUAACAGCAAACCAUUGUCCCGGUGCAGGGAUUUUUCUCUUUGAAUCAGUUGGUUUGGACGGCAAUGUGCACCGUAUUCUCCAUUGUGGUGACUUUAGAGUCGACAUGACAAUACUAGACCACCCUUUACUUGCUCGGUUCAGUAUUGGACGUUACAAGUUGGAAGACUCCUUGAGAAUUGAUAAAGUGUAUUUGGACACAACCUACAUGAAUCCUACAUAUAAUUUCCCCAAGCAAGAAUUGGUCUGUGAUACCAUUGCAGACUUGUUUGAACACUUAACCAAGCAGGAAGACAACAAAUCGACUAAUAAUUUAUUCAACACUUGGUUUGGGAUGUUGACGCAAUCAAGAAUAACCGAUUUUUGGAGACCAGUAACAACAACAACCAAAAAGAAGAAAUUUCUCAUAUUGGUGGGCACAUACGUCAUUGGUAAAGAGCGGCUAGCCAUUGCUAUACUGAAAAAGCUUUAUUGUCCCAUAUACGUACUGAAUAUUAACAACAGAAAAAACAAAUACGACAUACUAAAAGCAUACGAGGACGACUACCUUGACCUGGUUUUAACUGAUGACGACUUGGGAAGUGACAAUGAUGCCGACUGCAUUGUUCACCUUGUGCCGAUGAAUAUAGUUGGCUCAAUACAAGAGCUUUCCAAUUAUUUCAAUCACAAUCGGUACUUUGAAGCUUUUGAACGCUGUGUUGGAUUGCGGCCAACUGGGUGGAGUUUUGCGCAGACUGCAAAAAAGGAGCCAGGACCAAAUCCAGAGCCAGAGCCAGGGCCAGAGUUGCUGGAUGCGAUCCAACCCACUCCGUUGCAAGCAGUGGCAGAUUUGAUGGCGAGUACUACCAUGUACACAUACACCGACCAUAUCUUAUCGCAGGCUCCUAAGUAUAGAGGCAAACAUAAGCCAGACCAAGAGUUGUAUCGUAUUUACUCGUUGCCUUAUAGUGAGCAUUCUUCAUUUCGCGAGUUAGCGUAUUUCGUUGUAUUUUUCAACAUCGGCCAAGUGAUACCCACAGUAAAUUGCAAUAAUGAAUUCAAUUUAAAGCGAAUGGAAUCAAUCAUUGGGACAUGGGAGCAGGUUCGACGAAUCAAGACUGGUCAUUUGAACGAAACCGAUGUGAAUGUUAGUCCUGAAUUGAUUGAUCAAGUAAACAGCUUGUCUUUAGAUACAUUUUAG